AUGUAUUCGAGUUCAUCCGAUCAAGUCGACUAUAAAGUUAUUAGAGAUGGAAAUGAACGUAAAAUCGAAGGUUUUAUUUCUAUUGUUUUGCAGAAAUUUGAUAUUCCAAUCGAAAUUUCUGGCACAACUUCUCGAGGUCGGAAAACAUUAAAAGUUGAAUAUUUAUCACCAAUUUCGUUACAGUUUCUUCUUCCUCACGACUAUCCAUCAUUUCAUUGUCCAAAAUAUUCUUUGCAAGCGUUGUGGCUAAAUUCAAAAUUAGAGAAACGAUUAAAAAGGCGUCUUGAUGAUUGUUGGAUUAAGAAUAUAGGCGCACCAAUAUUAUAUCUAUGGAUUCAAACAAUUGAAGAAGAAGUUGUUAAUGCCAUGAAAUCGAAUCCUAUAAUCGAUUUAGAUUCAUUUAUGAAUGUGGAUCAAAAAUUUUCUAGAAUCAGUCAUAUAUUGAGAGAAAUAAUGGAUUUUGAUGAAAACGCAACUAGAAAAGAAUUCGAAAGGAACUUCCAUGAAUGCGGGGUAUGCUGGGAGCUAAAAAUUGGAUCUGAUUUAAUACAGUUUUUCCCUUGUAAACAUAUUUUCUGUCAACAAUGCACAACUGCUUAUUAUAAAGAUCGUCUCAAGAAUUUUACGAUUUGUAGACUGGAAUGUUUGGAAGAAAACUGUAAUAGCUUUGCUAGCGAUGAACAACUUCGUCUAAUUUUAAGUGAAGAAGAACGUGAACGUUAUGAUCAACUUCUUCUGGAAGGUGCCUUGGAUUUAAUGGCAGAUAUCGUAAAAUGCCCGCGAAAAACUUGUAACGCACCUAUUUUAGUGGAAGAAAUACGAGAAGGAUCAUCUUCAAGACUUUCAACGCUAGCCACUUGUCCUUUAUGCGAUUUCUCAUUUUGUACAUUAUGUCAAAAAACAUAUCAUGGUUUGGCUCCAUGCUCUGUUGAUGAAGAAAAACGAGAUGAACUACUUGAGAAGUAUUAUUCUGCGAGUAAUGAAGAAAGAGAAUUACUUUACAAACAAUAUGGCGGUAGACGUAUCUUCGAAAAAUUUAUUGAAGACCAAGAAAGUGCCAAGUUUAUUAAGGAAUCUACUAAGCCAUGUCCAAAUUGUGGUGCAAAUAUACAAAAAAAUAUGGGUUGUAAUAAAAUAUAUUGUACAAAAUGUGGCCGUGACUUCUGUUGGCUAUGUAAUGCACAGCUGAGUUCAACUAAACCUUAUGAUCAUUUUAAUAUGCCAAACGGUUGCUUUAAUCGUCUAUUUGAAGGUAGUAUUGAAAUUAAUUCCGAUGAAGAAGAAGAAGAAGAAGAAGAAGAUUUUGAUAUGAGAAUAUUGCUUUGA